UGUGGCGGCAGAAGCCAGUGUACCUCCGUGUGUGGAGUGUGUCACCCGUCUCAAGGCGAGCUUGCUGCUGUGGAUUUAUAACAACCUUGCUGUAAACGUGUCUGUGGGCACGGAGAGCCGAAGGAGGCGCUGGCGGAGAGCUCGGAAAGCUGGCAAACAUGUCUUCCCUCCUGCGAGCCUUGUUCACCGGGACAAGCAAACAUAAGAAGCUCUCGGAGGAAUGGGCCACCCUGCGCGAGCCAGUGGUGGAGGGCGUCACAUUCUACUGUAAAUACCUAGGCUCUACCUUAGUGGACGACCCUAAGGGCGAGGCGGCCACGGCAGAGGCGAUCAAGCGCAUCAUCCACACAGCCAAGCAGGUGGCGCGCAAGCCCGAGCGGGUGGCGCUGCAUGUCUCCCUAAAAGGCAUCCGCAUGGAGGACAGCAUGACCAAGGAGCUGCUGCUGCAAACCUCCAUCUACAAGAUCUCUUAUUGCUCUGCCGACGCCCACUACGACCACGUCUUUGCCUUCAUCGCCACCAAUGACAACGAGACGUGCGAAUGCCAUGCCUUCCUCUGCCCCAAGCGGAAGAUGGCCCAGGCAGUGACAAUCUCCAUUGCCCAGGCAUUCAACCUUGCCUAUGAAUGCUGGAAGAUGUCCCUCGAGAACAAGGAGAGUGAGGAGACAUAUGGCCAUGAGGAGCUGCCUGCUGAGGUGACGGUUGGAUCAGCAACCAUCCACAGCGGGGCACGGUCAUCCCAAUCGCAGCCCUCCUCCCAGGCCUCCUCCCCCAUACCCAUUCGUUCAGACCUUGGCUCCUCUGACAUGAGCACCUCAGGUUAUCAGUCCAGUAACCAAACUUUGUUGAUUGAUCUGGAGGACUCCUCAGAGCACCCCAGCACCACCACCCAACCUCACAUCAAGACCAUGGCCCCUAGCAAACCCCUGAACACCCUUGAUGACCUCGACGAUAUUAGUGAUGGAUUCUCAAGAUUAGCUUUAAGGCGCGGAAAUCCACCCCAGCCCCUGACUGGGAUGAGCCAUCUGGGACUGGCCGAUCUAGGUCUUGCAGCAUUCACGGGUCACCAAGCAGCUUCUCCGACCGAGAAUGGCUUCUGGCCAUCAACUAGUCCCUCCCAAGCUGUCUCACCCCUGGCCACAUCCCCUUCAGACCCAUGGGGAGGCCUAGGUCAAUCCCCCCCUGAGGCAUGGGAGAUGUUCUCACGCUCACCCAACACUGCCUUCCUGCACUCCUGCCAGUCUCCGCCUUCAUCCUCAAUGUUUUCCACUACGCUGCUCUCACCUCCCCAUCCUAUUAAGUCAAUUCCUCCAGUUCAGUCACCUCCUCCUGUUCAGUCACCUCGUCCUGUUCAUUCGGCUUCACUGGUAGUGCAGUCAGCUUUGCAGUCACCUUCCCCAACAGUUCAUUCGCCCUCAGACACUAACCCCUUCCCUUUUCCCACAUUUUCCACACCAGGAGACUCCAAUGAUCCCUUCUCUAUGAAAGAGUCCCAGCAGAUAUGUCACAAUAACUGGCAACUCCCUUCCACACCCCUUUCACCUGUCAGUCCCAAUGGGAAAGAGAGGCCCAACCUUCCCACCACCAAUCCCUUCAUUGCACCUCCUGCCCCAGUAAAAGAGAUGGCUAAUGGCUCCCCACAACCACCUAUGGAGUGCCCCAGGGUGGUGGUUGCUCCAGGAAAUAGUGGUUGCAGCCCUGGUCGUCUUGUGUGGACUGCAGACUUGUUCAGCGGCUCCAAGAAUAAAGACGUCAUAUGUUCUUAGUUUAGUAUAUUGGAGUUUUUUGUACUGGAAACUUUUAUUUUGAAUUUGUUAUAUUAUAUAUCAUGUUUCAGUAACUUUUCUCUGAGUUUAUUUCAUGUAUUAGCUUGUUGUUGUGAUGCAUGAUGUGAAGCCUUUUGUAAGGAAGGAAUACAUUAAUGCAUCUUCAUGUCCAUUCAGCACAAGAAUUUAAUGUCCCACAUGGAGACACUUCCUGUUCUCAAGAUGCCUCAGCCAGACACUGUCUACUCUCUGCCUUUUCAGUUAUAUUUUUAUCAAACAUCCAUUUCUGAUAUAUAGAGGUAGCAGUCAAGUAUGAAAGAAAAAAAAAACAAAGGGAUGUGAAAAACUCAAGAUACCAUUGUCACAGAUCUUGACACCCUUUAUUGGAGUGUUUACUUCUGUGAAAAUGAUGAAUAUGAACAAAAUAUGAAUAUCUAUGUAAGGGUGCCAUGAUAUUUAUUUACCAUGAGUGGCAACUUUUUUUCCCUGUAUUGGAAUCCUAUGUUCUGCUUCAUUCUUGGAUGCCAUCUAUGUUUGAGAAAUGGCUAUAUGUAUAAAAACACGUACAAAAGAAAAUACCACAGUGAGGUAGUUUAAGUCAUGUGCAAAGUUUCUCUGAUAGUUAUGCACAGAAAUAACAUUUAUCAGUUUUGUAUACAAAAAGGCCAGGAAUGUGUAAAUGCCCCUAGCUGCUGUAAAUUGCAGUUACAAUAUGUUAUGGAAUCUUUCAUCAUCACCAUAGAUAUUUAGAUUUUUCAUCCUUGUUAAUUAUUUCUGCAAGUUAGGAAGAAAUUGUGUGUUUGUGUGUGUGUGUGUGUGUGUGUGUGUGUGUGUGUGUGUGUGCGUGCGUGCGUGCGUGCGCGCGCAAGUGAACACAUAGAUGUAUUUGUAUAUAUGGGUGUAUGAGUGUCUUGUGUGCUUAUCUAGUGAAGGAUUUAAUGCCAUUGUUAAGAGGUAGAUAAAUGACUUCCAUUGUAUAGUAUUAUAGAGUAGGGCUUGAGGUAAACUAUGGUAUAUGACCUUCAGAGGCUUGUGCUGUUCAGUCUUCCUCCAGUAUGACACAUUUUAAUUUUGUAUACAACCUUUUUUCAAUUCCUGUGUCAAAACAAUCUUGUGUCUUGUGCAAAUGUGUGAAGGGAUUUGAUACAGCACUUACUCACCUACAUGCACCUUGAAUCUGAGUGAUUUCCUGUCCACCCUUAAGUGUGUAAGAAAAAUGUCACUUUUUUUCAGUCACUGUGUAUAGAUGAGUAAUGAAUGAUGGCUGUUGUCUUACAGCGAUCUUGUUUCAUCUUCAUACUGUUACCUAUAUUUGUGUGUGUGCUUUAUCUGUUUGUCACAAGUACUUGCAUUUAGUCCAUUGCUAACAAAUCACCAUUCCUGAGUCUUGCAUUUAGUACUCCAGUGUCCUGAUUCCACCUUCUACUCAUCUGUCUUUGAAUAUUUACAUUUUUAUUGUUAGUUUUUGGCAAGUGUUUUACAAAAUGAUCUUCCACCUCUUGACUUUUGAUGAUGCUCUUAAUAGCAAGAUGACUAUUUGAAUAUUGUUUAAAAUGUGGUUAAGAUGUUUAAUGGGAAUUAAAUCCCACACUUCACAUAUGUGAAUCUGAAUCUGUCAGUCAUUUAUUUGCAUAAUAGUCAUAGCAUGAACUGGAUUAUUACUUAUAGAUAAAAUCUUUUAAUCUGAAAUUGCCACAGUAAGCAUGUAUAUUUGCCAUGUUCUGCCUACGAGAUCAGUCAUCCAUUACUCCUUUCCUCUCUUCAAACACCUCAGAGUAGAAGAAAGUGUUCUUGUUGGAAAUAUAUCAUGGCAUUGUGAAGUGACCCUAGACUGCAUGAGGGCAAGUUGAUACCAUUCUUUGUACUUAAGACUCAUCUCGUGAUGGUGGUUGCACCCUCAGGAUUUGCACUGCAGUGUGUUGUGACUUAAUUUUGCAUCAGGUGGAUAUUAUGGAUGAAUGCAAAGUAUAAGUUAAGGUAUAUAUGUAUAGGAUAUAAAAAUGCACAAAUGUAGGUAUACAUUUCACACAUCAAGUAUCUUAUGUCAAUGUGUGUGUAUAUAAUAUAUAUAUAUAUAUAUAUAUAUAUAUAUAUAUAUAUAUAUAUAUAUAUAUAUAUAUAUAUAUAUAUAUAUAUAUAUAUAUAUAUAUAUAAUAUGAGAGCACAAAGAUGUAACUGUAUCCAUGGGAGAGCACCAGUGUAUAUUGUUAGGAUUCAUAUGACGUCCUGAUAGAAUUUAUAAAUGAGCAAUUUGAGCAUCUUGUGUCUAGUGUGGAUGAGUUUAGCUACUGCUGUGUGAUGUGUUCAGUUGUUGUUGUACUUUGUUGUGAUGUUUGUUUUGAAUAUUUCUGUGAUAGUAAGGUGCCCAGUACAAGUUGUUUGUGUGUGUGUGUGUGUGUGUGUGUGUGUGUGUGAAAUGUUUUAGGGUAACUUUUUUAGCAGAUUUAAAGCAGCAGUGUUCCUUUGAGGAUCUGCAUCUGCCAUGUCUUGGUGUCUUAACAAGACAGUUGAAAGAAUUUCAUACAAGGAAAAGUUUUAGGAGUGUUGACAUAAGUGAUGGGAUCAGGUAUUAAUUUGCUUAUGUUACUGACUCACUUCACUGGUUAUUUGGCUUAGUAGAGUCUAUUAUGUUGCAGAUUAGUUAAUUUUGCAACAUAUACUCAACUGUUACCAAAUAGUAUCAAGUGUGCACGACAAAGGCCAGCAAUGAAACACGGUAGUAUUUUAAUACCUCCAUUUGGAAGAUGCAUCCUCAGAUCAACACUUGCAUGGUGUUAAAAGGUGUGUGUGUGUGUGUGUGUGUGUGUGUGUGUGUGUGUGUGUGUGUGUGUGUGUGUGUGUGUGUGUGUGUGUGUGUGUGUGUGUGUGUGUAAAUGAGUGAGAAUGUGCAGAAAAAAAAUAAAAUUUUAUUAAAGUUAAAUGUGAUCUGCUUCAGAUACUUAUGGAUAUUAUAAGACUAAGCAGCUUUAACUUUUGCUGCUGCUGGAUACUGUGAGUGCAUGCAUAUGUGUGUGUUUGAUGGUAGGCAAAACGUUUGAGGCUCAGCACCUGGGAUUUUGCACCAAAUUACAGGGUGGUGAUGGUAUGUAGCUAUUGAAUCCAACAUUGAUGUCAAGUGGAGAGCUGGAGGGCUUACAGUGAACAAGGUGUGUGUGUCUGUGUGCGCGUGUGUGUGUGUUUCAUUUUGUAUCUCCAUCACAUUGUGUAUAUGUAGUAUGUAUGUAUGUUUUAAUGUGGUUAUGGUGUUGGAUUUUGUUUGUUGUGGUCAGGUGAAAACUCUGGGUACAAAUUGUAAACACAAAGAAAAAAGAGGGACUGUGUGAAGGAUCCUUCAAUAAAAGCUUAAUGUAAAGUUUUGGAUUAAGAGAAUCAUGCAUA